CCGCAAUCUCCACGCCGGCCCGAUCGUUCUACCCAAGGUAAACGGUAAACGACCUCACUCACCUCAAUUAUAAGAUCAAUUCCAGCUUCAGGCUCUUUGACUUGUCAUCAACUCCCCUUCUUCACAUCAGCCUGUACCGUGCCCCCUGCGUGUCACCCAGCAACCAACAGAGCAACAUCAACAAAACAAAGCAAAGGGCAAAAGUUACACCGACACAGGAGACACAAUGGCAGACACUAAGCCCGCUUAUGCAGGCACACCCGCCAACGUCCCAGGCGCAAACGUCUUUGACUUCUUAUUCAGCAAUCCUUUCCAGCAUGAAAAUGACUUUACGCCUAGAGCGAGACGUGUGCCAAAGAUCCAUGAUGAUCAGCCCAUUUUCGUUGACCACGCCAGCGACCGUCCUCUCACUUUCUCACGCGUAAAGCGCGAUGCCCUCACUCUAGCAGCCAACCUCCAAUCUCUUGGUCUUGAUCCCAAUGAAAUCGAGACCCUCCCUCCAACAGCAUCAUGUUCUGGCCCAGAGGUCGCACCUGUGGUGCUUAUCCAAUUGCCUAACUGUUUGCCCUUCGCGACACUCAUGAUGGGUGCCAUUGCAGCUGGGUUAACUACCACAUUAGCAUCACCCUCACUAUCUGCUACUGAGCUCUCAUGGGUCAUUAAGAACUCGCGUCCUCGCGUGCUCUUCACAGCGAAAGCGUUCCUGAACACCGUCGAGAAAGCACUUGAGCAGCAGGAAGACGAGGCGUACAAGAGAAGUGUGCGCGUCUACACAGUCGAUGUAGCGAGGGAUUUGUAUCCUCUUUCACCGGCUUCUCAUGCUGAGGAUGGCGAUUGGAAGAACCUUCUUAUGCCAGCGAAAGAGCCUCUUACUGCUGGCCACCCGUUCUCACCAGAAUCCGCCGCUACACGAACAGCAAUUAUUCUCUGGUCAUCUGGUACAUCAGGCCGAUCAAAGGGUGUUUUGCUAUCCCAUCAAGCCAUCAACUUCUCAAUCGCGUCGCUGUGGCACGAUGCGGACUUUUACGGAUUUCACCAGCGAUGGCUAGGUUAUGUGCCAUUUUACCACGUGUUCGGUCUCACCAACAUCUUCUUACUGGCUUUCGCGACGGGUUCUACGGUGUUUACUAUGCCCGCGUUCAAGCUCGAUACUGUUUUAUCCGCGAUCCCGCGUCGACAGAUCACAUAUCUUCACAUGGCACCUCCCGUGGCUGUCAUGCUCGCCAAGUCACCCGUGGUAGAACCCUUCGCACGCCGCGACGCGCGCGGUCGCAAUGCUUUCAGCAGUGUUGUUGCGGGUGUAACAGGCGGUGCACCUCUCGGCCACGAAGUCGUAGAGAAGGUCUUCCAACGACUCGGCUUCCUCGUGAGGCUUGGCUACGGCAUGUCAGAAGCGUGCAGUGUCACUCUGCAAAGGGGCCUCAGGGAAGAGGACAUGCACAGUUACAAGCACGACACAGGAAAGCCUCAUUGGGGCGUUGAGCUCAUGAUCGCUGGUUCAGGUGAAUUGAACUCUGAGGAUUCUACCACAAAAGCUGCGCCGUUCGGUGCCGAGGGUGAGAUUCUCGUGAGAUCGCCUGGAUUGAUGAGUGCGUAUGUCCCAUCCCAUGGACUGGGAAGUAAAGAAGCGCCCGAUAUGAGCGUCACAACAGAGGCAUUCACGUCAGAUGGUUGGCUUCGAACCGGUGACGUCGGACAUCUCGACGAGGAGGGCACUCUCUGCAUCACAGACCGCAUCAAAGAAAUGAUCAAAGUGCGCGCUUACCAAGUCGCGCCCGCUGAAUUGGAGGCUAUUCUCUGCAGCAGCGAUGACGUUGCUGACGCUGGAGUGAUUGGCAUACACGACAAGAACGAAGCGACAGAGUGGCCACGCGCUUACGUCGUCGCAGCAGAUGAGAGCAAGUCAGAAGCAGAACUUCAAAAGUUGGCGCAUGAUCUCAAGGAUUUGGUCGAGAGUCAUUCAGCGCGGUAUAAGUGGCUCGUUGGCGGAAUUGUCUUCGUAAAAGCAAUCCCCAAAUCACCGAGCGGAAAGAUUCUUCGAAGGGUUAUUCGGGAUGGUGGCAUACAGGGCUUCGAGGUCUCACUCUACCAGCGCAAGAAGCGAGACCACAAGCUGUAAAUUUUGACUACACUACACUACGCAUGUACUAAGAGCGCUUGUAAAAACUCUUUUCUCAUUUAGCAUUUCUCUUUAUGGAGUAUCUUAUUAAUAAAACGGU